ACCUACCCAACUGCAAAGCCAUGGCCAGCUCUAAGGGCCAGCUGCUCUUCAACUCUUCAAUUGGUCAACUCUUUUUCUACCUCCUUUCCCUCCCUCGAUUCAAUAAAAGCACAAACUCAGCAAAUUUUCACACAGCACACACACAACCACUCGCAGCUGAAGGAGAAGAACAAAUAGUAGGAGAAAAAUGGUGGGUCCCGGUCGCCCGCAGUUUGUGCUAUUCGGGUCGUCCAUAGUUCAGAUGAGUUUCAACGUCGGAGGAUGGGGCGCCGUUCUCGCCGACCUUUACGCUCGCAAGGCUGAUGUGGUGCUAAGAGGAUACUCCGGUUGGAAUACUAGGAUGGCUCUCGAAAUCUUGGACAAAGUUUUCCUCAAGGAUGCAGUUAUUCAACCUUCUUUGGUUAUAUUGUAUUUCGGUGGUAAUGAUGCAACAAACCCUCACCCGAAUGGCCUCGGUUCUCAUGUGCCUCUUCCUGAAUUUAUCGACAACAUGAAAAAGAUGAUUGCUUAUAUCAAGAGUCUUUCUGAUAAGACGCGGAUAAUAUGUCUGACAUCGCCUCCCGUUAAUGAAGCGAAAGUUCGUGAAAUUUUUGGGAAAGGACUUGAUGAUCAAGCCCGGACGAACGAAGGCUGUCGUAUAUAUUCAGAAGCUUUGGUAGAUUUGUGUCGGGAAAUGGAUGCUGAGGCCAUCAAUCUCUGGACAGCAAUCCAAGAAAGAGAUGACUGGGCAAAUGCUUGCUUUAUAGAUGGAAUCCACUUGUCAUCCGAAGGUUGCAAGAUUGUGGUGAAGGAGAUUCUUAAAGUACUCAAGGAGGUCGAUUGGGAGCCGAGUCUCUAUUGGCUUACAAUGCCAGCCGAAUUUCCCGAGAACUCACCGUAUUACGUAGUUGGCCCUGAUGGUAAAACCACAGUUAAUGUUUCUAGCCAUAUUUGUGCUUGGCAAAAGGAGUGGCUCAACAUUUAGUGCAAUAGGGCAAAAUUUCCAAGUGUAAUUUGGUUGAGCAACAUUUACCACUAUUUAUACAACUUUCAACAUUUUUCAGAUGAGCACAAUCGUCUUAUCGGUUAUUGGACUAUGAAGAUUUUUUCAUUGUAAUUCAUAUUCACGAGCCCUUGGCUCGGAUGAAUCGAUCCUUCUCUGGAAUCAAGGAACAAUAAUUUGAAUAAGGUUUGCAAAGAAACAAACGCACGUUUACUCGAGCAAAAUCUGAUACAGGCCGAAACUCGAAAGCCAUUUUCCGAGUUCGGGUAGAUUCAUUAAAAAUUUAAAAUCCUACGCUUAGAGAGAGAAAAUAAAAAUAAAAAUUGCUGUUCGAGUUGGGAUCAAAUGUUCUUACCAGCGGCUUGUAAUAUGAUUAGCAACUUGAGAAAGUAAUAAGAUGCGCCUCCGACUGUUGCGUACUGCAAUUUCUCGGCACCUUCGACUUUUGGGAAAUCGUUUUCGGUUGCUCGAUUAAAUCCUCCGGCCAACCAUCCUAACUUUUUGUAUCCCACUUCGUACAAUUUUGCAACAGCCACCAAAGACCUUAAUCCCUCUCCACAAGCGACGAGGACCUUGGAAUUCUUAUCGGGUACCAAAUCCUCGACCCGCUCCACAAAACCCGGAUUUAUCGCCGUAAACCGCUGGCCCGUCCACAGCCCGAUGUACCCAAAAUGGACCCACUUUUUCAGCAGAGUGAUGGGGCCAUUGUCCGUGUCCUCCACGAACAGCGGCACGUGCAGAGACCCCGAAACACGUGCCUUCUCCCUCUCCCAAUUGGGCCUGAUGUCCAGCAGCGUGUAGCCUUCCGGGCCCAAUGCUGAGGCCGCAUCUUUCGGUGCUAUGGGCGCGACCGCACCGGAUUGGAUCAGCUCACGGCCGUUUCCGCCCGGCAGCGCCGCUCGCGCUUUCAGGGAGGAGGCGGGGAACGGUCUCCGGAGGUGUUUUGGGGCUAAGGUUGGUGUGUGGUGGUUAAGCAAUUGAAUUGCCAUGGUGGACAUGAG